AUGGGAGGGCAUGAGCGGCAACACUGGACACAGUGCCUUUCGCUCCUGCUUGACAAGCACGACGGCAGUGUUGCCAACUCCUCAGUAUCUCUGGUGGCCACGGCUCCCCUCACCAACCUAGCUCUGGCUGUAAGGAUGGAGCUCCUCCCCAGGAAACUCAAAGGCCUCUAUAACAUGGGAGGCAAAACAGAGUCCAGAGGAAACACCACAAUGUGUGCAGAGUUCAACUUCGCCGCCAACCCGUAAGCAGCUUACAUCGUCCUGAAUAAAUUAUAAAACACUACCAACACCUUCUACAUUGUGAUUUAUGUUUUUCUGGUCUGUUUUGGUUCCACUCUACAGUCUUGGUGUGAUGGCUGGCUGGCUCAGGAGUCAGAGAAGGCUCACUUCAUGGCCCGGAUCUUCUGUCACACUAUGGAGGAGUCCUACAGCGAGCGCUCCCAGGUGCAGAUUGUCGACGGUAUGGGCUUUGUGUCAUGUGACUCCUACGCUAUGGCGGCGACAAUUGAUGACGCCUUAUCAUUGAGAGCGACCACAUGGCGGGGAGCUGAUGGGCACACGUGCGGCAUGAUGAUCCUGAACACGCUGGGCACACUGAAGAAGACUCACAAGGCCUUUGUCAUGAGGAAGGUGAACAUGGAGAGGCUUAGCAGCUGAUGAUGGACGCCCUGAUGUAAUGUCUAGACCGGCUCUGCUACAGCUAACCACUAGACUGUAGAACUAAAUUAACAGCUGUUUGGUGACCAUGACCCCUAUGGGACCGUAACCAGAGAACAGUGACAACUCUAACCUCAUCCAGUCACCCCAAGACCAUUACUUAAGCAUACACCACAAUCCAUCCUUAACAUAAACAUUACUACAGUGGCUCCCACUUACACAGCUGAUUAGAGAACAGAGACUCAACUGGUUAAAGAGAUUGAACGGGAUAUUAAGCACUUACAAAUUCGUAACAUUUUAUAAGAAUUGGAAUUGGGAACAUAUCAUACGAAUUGCAGGAAACAUUUUUUUACAAAA